AUGGACAGGAAGUACACUGAGACCAACGAGGAGUUUGAGGCAGGAGUGAAGAUGCUCAGCAAAGGAUGCCACUUUGAUGAUUCUGUGGUGUGGGAGCAGUAUAGGUUCACACAUGCCCUUGACCUGGGGGUGAUGGCGAUCAAGUCCGUUCAUGACUUCCGUAUCGACGUCACAAAUGUCAGGUACCAUUCGGCAACCAUCAGCGUAUCGUUGGCCACAGUGAAGGGACCUGAGGUUCCACCACUCUCGGUCGAGUGGAAGGAAGGGAAGUCCGUUCCACCAGGCCAAACGAUGUGUGUGUUAGUAAGACCCUUCACCAUGACUCCGGGUACUGUUCUCGGUCCGAAAGAGUUCACCUAUCUCCGUUUAAGAUACGGAAUGGUUUGGAUACAUCAACAUUCUGGCAGUCACAUCUGCCGGUGA